GCAGCAGGGAGAAGGAGCUCAGCGUGUAAGAGAGGGUGAGGAUAAAGGGCUGGCUGAAAGGGGAGAGUCUACCAGCUUUCACUGGCUUCCGAGAGCCUCUCGCUCUCUCUGGCAGCGUGACCGAGAGGAUGGCAGGCGGGAGACCGAGACGGCGUCUCUAAGCGGGGAACCAGGAAAGGGUCUCCCCUCUCGCCGGACGGGGUGAGGGCCGCGGUGACCUUUGAAGGAUCAGGCGCUGAGGUGAGGGUCGCGAGCACCCGGCCCGGCUGCAUCGGCCACCGCCUCGGUACCCGGCCCCCAGCUUGACGUGUGUACUGAGGAAGCUGUUUAGACUGACAGGAACCAGAACUGCUGAGAUACUGACAACAAUCUAAAUCUUGGUUUAGUUGAUCUGAACAACUGCCUAACUUCUAAUCAGUUCUCAGAAGUCGAGUUGUAAUGGCUUCACUUGACUGGUUGGUUACAGUAACUAGUUUCACGAUAUUUCAAAUUCUGUUCCAUUAUUUAAGUGCGAAAAUAUCAGUUUGUUUCUGCAAUGGUUAUCAAACACUGACUGACACUAAGAGGAUUGAAUGGAACUCCAGGGUAGCGUCCACAUUUCAUGCCUUGCUGGUUGGAUCUUUAUGUCUGUACCUUCUGUGGUUUGAUGAUGCCACUAAUGCAGAUCCUAUCUGGGGAGACCCUACACUAGUAAAAUUAAAUUUGGGUAUUGCCACAGGCUACCUAAUUUCUGAUCUCCUCCUUAUUUUGUGGUACUGGAAAGCAAUUGGAGACGUUUACUUUAUAAUCCACCACUUGAUCGGGCUGUAUGCCUGCUAUUAUGUACUGGUUGAUGGAAUGCUGCCUUAUUUUGCUAACUUUCGUCUGAUUGCAGAGUUGUCAACUCCUUUUGUUAACCAGCGGUGGUUUUUUGAAGCAUUAUGUUACCCAAAAACCUCCAAACCAAAUAUUAUUAAUGGGCUUCUGAUGGCAGCGAUAUUCUUCCUGGUGAGAAUUGCUGUUAUGCCCCCCUACUAUAACAAAAUGAUUUCCGCAUUCGGAACAGAGGCCUUUGACAAACUUGGACUAAAAGCACAACUUUCUUGGAUCAUUUCUAGUAUUGGCUUAGAUGUUAUGAAUGUAAUGUGGAUGUAUAAAAUUGGAAAAGGAUGCCACAAAGUUUUGCUUGCCUGCAGGAAGGAUAAAGCAGAUAUCCAAGAAAAUGGAAAACAGCGAUAGAGACUCCCUCUUAACUGUGUCAUCUUCAUGUUUUUUUAUAUAAGGUACUUGCAGUUGGGAUUCUGUACACAUAGCCAAAAAUGUACUGUUUCAAAGUAAUGUACAGCAAUACAGGUGUCCAUUGCAUCUUAGAACUUAAGCUCAUAACAUUAAUGACCAUCCAGAGGUUACGUAAGCAAACUGCAUAUUCACUGAAUGAUUGAUCAUUUUUCUUUUGAACCAAAGAGUAAAUGGAGGCAUUUGAGCUACAUCCAAGUUACAUCCUACUCUGCGAGAUCUGUGUAAAGGCACGCUUUUAGGUUUGCACUGUUUAUUUUGGAAAACUUUGUGAUGCUCAGAAUGUUGUCAGCCAAUUGUAUGCCCUUAUUGGAAUCUUUUCUUGCCAAGUUACAAUUUUUUUUUGAAACUUACAAAUGACAGCCUUGAGGAUACUCAAACCAACACCUCCAACAACACUCUUCAUCUCUGGAAACCUGCUAAAGAAUGACUUACAUUUACAUUGUGCCUUCAGUCUAGAAAAGAAAGUCACAAGAUGCUUUCCCCAUUCUUGGGGAAUUUACUCCCUGCAGGCUGGGAGGAUCAAAUUUGUCUAUAUACAUGCAGGAAUGAAACUGUUUAAUAUUUUUAAAUCUGCAUUUCACUGUCUAAUUUCAGGAAAUUUUAUCAUGAGAAGUCAAAGUUGAUCUGCUGGUGAUCAGAACAUUGUUCACAAGAUUGUUGGUUAUCUUAGGAGUAAUUAAUAACUGUGUGCAUUAUAAUAUAUACUAUAACACACACAAAUAUUUACAUGUUGAACCUCAAAGCUGUUAGUUCUACAUAUUCACAAAAGUUAUAACCACGAAUACAUAAUUUUAAAAAUUAGUUUUGCAAAGUAUUUACUGGUACUGCAGUACCAUUUGUUUCUUGUUUAGAGUGUUAUUUAGGUUGAAUAUACAUUUAGGCAAGAAUUGUAGAUUUUAACAAAUUAAAUUUGGUUUCUUUUAAGAACAACACAUAGACAUUAAAACCUUUGUUUACAUGUGCGAUAGUUGAGGCUAUAUUAAGUGUGCCUUGAAUGUAGCAAUAACAUCUAAUCCAGAGUCUGCUAGGACCUGUUAUUAAGCCUGUCAAUCUCACAUUUUAAUACUGACAAAAGCUCCUAAAUCAUGACCUCAAUGCCCUACACAUAUUGGCAUUUCUAUGUUUGCAAUACAGGAUUGAUACAAAGAUUUGCUCCACUUCGAUUCUUCUCCAUUGUGGAGGCUAAUUUGAAGCUGUAUGUUUAUGAACUCUACACACGGUAGAGUCAUGGUUGCAUUAUUAGUUAACAUAAGCAUGAAGCUGAUGCCAAAAAUCCUAAUUUGUAAACAGUUAUGCCAAGCAACACCCUUUUGUACUUUGUUUCAUGAACUAUUAUUAUUUUUUUUAACUUAUUGAAAUUCAGGUGGGAAUAACCACUUCUGGCCCUUUGAGUCACACCAUCCUGCAAUCCCCAGAUUUUAAUCUGCGCCCACUCAAGGGACACUUUACCUGCCAAUCAGUACGUCAUUUGACUGUGGGAGGAAACCAGGGCACCUGGAGGAACCCCAUGCGGUCACGGGGAGAACGUACAAACUCCUUACAGGCAGUGGCAGGAAUUGACUCCAGGUCGCCUGCACUAUAAAACAUUUUUACAGGGAUUCUGUGAAGGAAGUAAGAUAAAUGACAGUGAACUUAGUUUUGAUUGCACAGUAACAGGUAGUGAAGCUGCUGCUCAACUCUAGUGACCCGGGUGAAAUCCUGGUCUCUGAUUCUGUCCAUAUGUGGGUUUUCUCCAUCUGCUCCCGUUUCCUCCUCAUCCUCCAAAAAUAUGUGGGUUGGUCGAUUAAGCAACACACAUCAAAGUUGCUGGUGAACGCAGCAGGCCAGGCAGCAUCUCUAGGAAGAGGUACAGUAGAUGUAACGGGCUGAGACAAAGGGUCGUCUUCCUCUUCCUAGAGAUGCUGCCUGGCCUGCUGCGUUCACGAGCAACUUUUAUGUGUGUUACUUGAAAUUCCAGCACCUGCAGAUUUCCUCGUGUUUGGGUUGGUCAGUUAAUUGAUCACUAGAAAUGGUCCCUUGAGUGGAGGUGAGCGGCAGAAUGUGGGGAGAGUAAAAUGAAUGCUGGUAAGAAGGGAGCUUGAUGGUUGGUGUGUUCUCAGUGGGACAAGGGGCCUGUUUCCUGUAUCUCUCUUUGCCACAUUAUUUUCACGUUCACCAGGAUAAAAAAGAAUGAGUACACUGAACCUCAGUGGGCAGCUAAGAAUGCAUUUAUCCUAAUUGAAAUCAGAUAGGUAAUGGCCACUUUUUUAUUUUUAUAUUUUAAUAUAUUUAUAUUAUAUUUCCCUACUCAGUAAGGUCACAUGAUGCACCUGAAAACUAACUAGAAUCAGAAUGGUACAGUGUAGUUGCUCAUCACAUAGUUCUCUAAGUUAUCCUAAAACACACUUGUUAGAUCCAUUAUCAGUCUACUGUUCAGAUGCACCAAGUUUUCUUUAGCACUGUCACAAUAUGUUAAACAAACUGCAGAGACAUGCAUCAUUAAACUUUUAAAAAGAUUUAUUUGUUUAUCAAACCUUAAUUUAUUUUGUAUAUUUUUCCUACACAUCAAGUUAUUGCCUGUGUCAUUGUAUAUCUGAUUUUUAAGAUCAUUUUUCACCAUAUCAUAUAUGCUAGUUGGAGAGGUGACCUACCAUGUUAUUAUUACUAGAGUAUUGUUUUACAUUCCUUUCAUCAAUAGCAAUAAUACCUUUUCUCUUCUGGUAAAUCAAGGAAUACAAAAGAGUCACAAUUUAUAUGAAAGAGCUAUAAGCUUGUAUUGGAAUUUGAUUGUAUAUUGCAAAGUUAAAGAACGCCUCACCAGUUUGAGGGUACAGUUUAUCUGUUGCAUUUUAAAGCUGUUGUUCCACAUCUGUAUUACCCACCCAGCCAAUGUUGAAGUUGUGUGAUUCAGCAGUCUUCAUUUUUGAUAAAGCGUGGCCUAACUAAUUUGUUGUAAAUAUGAUCAUUUAAAAUUUUAAUCCUGUAGUUCAAUACUUAGUUUUGUAGGCUCUGUAUGAAGAAACUAAUAUAGCUUGUUUAUAUACCAAGUUUUCAGGGAAUUCUUGUACACCAAAAUAAAUAGCUUGUGUUUAUUUCAGCCACCUUUUUGAGGUAUAGAUAUAUGCAUAUUUAAUAUUUUUAUUAUGUAAAAAGUUGAGAAUCAUAAAAAUUGAGGUUUUAAAAUUGUUUUGAUUUUCCACCACACUUUGUUAUUUCAGUUGUUUUAUAUUAGUCUUGGUGAUGGUGAUUUAAGGAUAGAAUUUAGUCUUUUAUAUAUAACAUUGCAAAAUAUUUACUUUUUCAUUUGAAGUCCCAUCGAAAGUUUGAGCAGAUCAAAACUCACCUUGGAACAUAAGAAAAACUGUAGUGCCUAGUCAUUUGGACAAACUAGUUCCCAGUUUGAUUUCUGUUCUGUGAAUUUAUUAAUCUCAGAUGAAUGUGACAUUUAAGCUACCAAAGAUUGCAUAAGGAGAAAACUGACAAGGGUUCCCAGUUCUUAUUGUUGCCUUUUCUUUAAAAGUAUGACAGUUUGAAUGUCUGGUAUAUUAUUGUGAUGUUCUCACUGAUUCAGUAGCUGGUUGAAACUUUGCUGUCCAACAUCCACAUGUGAAUCUGAUACCUGUAUUACAAGUUGGGGUACUAUUAUAUCUGUGCAGUUACCCAAGCAAGAGGCAGCAGCUGAUAAAGAUAGUUCUUUUUAUAUUAAACAAAUAUAUAUAUUUAUAGCAUAAUUAUUCCAAAAUUCAAAGAACUAUUUAUUCUAAAUGAGAAAUCUUGAAAGGAUUAUUAUAGUUAUAUUUCCUCUUUGCCUGCUUUAUCCUUACAUUUUGUUAAUGAAGCAGAGAGUGAUAUUCUUGUAAAUUAUUUUGAAGCAUGAUUUGUUCAAAUGAUGAUUAGUCCUGAAUAUCACUUACAUUUCUAAUACAAGCUAAUAUAGUGAGGCAAUAUCAAUAAACUAAUGUUUUAUUAAAUAUAUGUUCAAUAUAGUGAAAUUGCUGAAUAUUAGCACAGUGUGAUUUGUUUUCUAUUUAAAAUCUAUGCAAAAUGUUAGCAAGUUUUUAUAGGAAGGUUUUGAUGAGUAUGGAUUAACUGAUUCCAGUGGUGAUUAAAGCCUUAAAAAUGAAGGCAAUUUGUCAUGAUCUGCCUAACAAGGUGGUGAGUACAGAUUCUGUAAUAAUUUUCAGAAUAAUUGAAUAGAUCCUCCAAGGAGAAAUAUUUGAUGGAAAGAAGAAAGGAAAAGUGUUGAUUUGAAUUCCAUGAACCACUAUGACAAGCUGGGAUAAUUGGGCACAUGCCAUUAUUUUGUGACAUGUCUUUUUGAAUGAUUAAAGAUUUCAUAUUAUGAAUUGCAGGUUAGCAUGACUUAACUUAAGAAUCAGUAAAUUCAGUUCACCUUAUCAUAUGUAAAUAUUAUUUACAUAUAUUUUUGUAUGUAUUGUGCUGUUGAAAACAACCUUCUGAAAAUCAUACCUCAGAUGAUACUGAAAGCAUUUUAUGUAGUAGUUUAUUGUUUUAGCAAUUUUUAAAUUUCUGAUUAAUGUUUUUCUCAUUUUGAUCCAGCCUUUGUUUGAUAUGAAUGAUUCGCUGAAAGAUCCUAUUACAAAAUCAAAAUAAAGCAUAUG